UUCAGUCUGCCUCUAGAAGUCGAUCGUGAUCGUGGCCAGUCAGUUCCGCUCGCUAGCAGAGAAGCCGAGAAGCCGAUACCCUCGUUUCCCCCCCUUUAAGCAUACAAGUGUUUUUUUUCUAGUUUAAGUUUAAGACGCGCGCGCUUCGAGUUCAUUUUCGUUGUUGGUCCAAAACACCCGCAUUAAAUCACACACACACACACAACACACAUAAAGACAAAAUGAAGUACUUCAACAUCUGCCUGCUCUUCAUCGUCUGCGCAAUGUGCUACGGCCUGGUGUCCGCCCAGGACGAGGGUGGUCCGGCCGUGUCGCCGGCGAAGAGGAUCGCCGCCCUGCGCCGUCCCGUUGGCAAGGCGGCCAAGGUGACCACCACGACGACACCGGCGCCGGCACCGGCGGAUGCUGCCGGCGAGGGUGAGGAGUACGACGAGGAGGCCGGCGAGCACGGUGAUCACGGCGAGGAGGGCGAUGAGGCGGCCUUCGCCAGCUCCACCACCACCACCACCACGGAGGCGCCCAAGAAGGUCGGCCCGGUCAUCCGGCCGUUCCGCUCCAACGAUGACUUCCUCAACUCGCUGAAGCGCCGCCAGGCGAACGCCAAGAAGCACCGCGCCGAGAAGCCCCCCAGUCCCAGCAAGCCGGCCAAGAAGAGCGAGGAGUCCGACUCCGGCGAGCAGGAGGAGCCGGCAUCCGCGCCAGCACCCGCCCCCGCAGCCAGUCCCGCCAAGGGCUACAAGGGAAAUUCGGCAUUAAGCCGUCGUAAGUUGUCUAAGCCCGCCAAGGCGACGCCCGUGGAGCAGGUGGAGGAUGCCGCCGCCGAGGAAUCCGAGCAGCAGCAGAAGGAGGAGACGAAGCCCAAGCGCCCCAUCGGUCGCCUGGCCCUGCGGAAGCGCAACUAAGCGGGAAUCCCGAGUUCCCAUGCUCCAUGCCUCAUCGCCCAUGCCACAAACAACCCCCCGGUCCUUCCCCUCCCCUACCCCUACCCCAUCCUACCCAUCAAAUCAUAUGGCUAGCUAUGUGGCAGCCCGAUCUGCCCUUUAGUUCUUAGUUCGCAAUUGAUUUUUUGUGUAUGUAAUAUAUUUGUAAUUUUAUAUUGUAAACAAAAACACGCGCACACACAACACUCACUCAAUCACGCCCACGACCACGCCCACAAUCCAGAGACAGCCCCAUCCUCCAUGUCCGUGAUAAAUGCGCAUGUAUAUUUCGCGAAUAUAUAGGCGCUUAUUUGCUCGGGCACAAUUAUGUAUUCUUCACAACCAUCAAUCAACCGAUCAAUCAAUCAAUCAACCAGUAAUAAAAACAACAAAAUCAAAUACA